AUGGGGAGGCGCUGGACGUGGAUGCUCGUGUUCCUGUGCGCGUCCUCCGGGGCGCUGGGCUCCGGGGAGGCGGGGGCCGGAGCCGGCGGGCCGCUGCAGGCUCUCCACUGCCCGCCCUGCGAGAGGGUCCACUGCCCCUGGCGGCGGGCGCUGAGGCUGCAGUGUAAGGGCGGCGUGAGCACGGGCGUGUGCGGCUGCUGCCCCGCCUGCGCCCGCACCGAGGGGGAGGCCUGCGGGGGCGCCUGGGACUACCUGGGGAAGUGCGACGGGGGCCUGCUGUGCGUCCACGAGGAGGCGGGAGCAGAGCGCGGGGGGGUCUGCAGGGCAGGUGGGGGCCCCAGGGUCACCGUCAGCGGGCCUCUGCUGGGGGGAGGGGGGGGAAAUCUCACCGCCAAACCCAAACAGAGUAAACACCCUCGGGCGCCUUUUAUUCUCCUCAGUAAUUGUGGUGGGAAGCGAGCCAUGGUGGAGCGGCCGGAGCCGGAGGGCUGCAGCCCGGAGUGCACCCAGGAGUACUGUCAGGACCACCCCGUUGCAAUCUGCUCUGCCAGGUCAGUGUCUGUGGAGAACAGGGCCUGCCGGGGCUCCUGCCUGCACACGUCCUGCUCCAGCUGCCUGACGCUGAGGCGCCCGUCCUGCCCUCACGCCUGCGGCCCGUCCGAUUCCGACUGCCUGCAGCGUUUUGGGAGGUGUGUCCACAGCCACCUGAGAGCCCCCCCACACCCCGUCUGCCACAGCGCCCUGCAGAGGAGCAGCGAGGGGCACUUUGUCUGCUUACUGCCCGCCUGUCCGGACCAGAGUGGGUGA